AUGUCAAAUAAAGAAUUGGAUUUUGACAAAUAUUUAGAUCAAUUAAGACGUACAAGUAUUUCAUCGGAAGACAGAAAAAUCAAAGAAGUGUUUGGUGAUUUAUUUGCUUGUCCUGAUGAAUACUCACUAGCACAUUGCGUUGCAGAAGACUUAUCAAUGGGAAAGGGAAUUGCCAAAGCUUUUAAAAGCAAAUUUAAGGAAGUGGAGAGCUUGAAAGGCCAACGAAGAAAAGCUGGAGGUGUGGCAACUCUUGAAGUAGGCGAUAAAAGAUUUAUUUAUUAUUUAGUCACCAAAAAAGAAAGCACAGCAAAACCUACAUACAGCAGUUUACAUAAAUCCAUUACUGGAAUGAAGGAACAUAUGGUGGAAAAUGAUAUAAAAAAAUUAGCUAUGCCACGAAUUGGUUGUGGAUUAGAUAGGCUGGAAUGGAGGGAUGUCUCUCUCAUACUAGAAGAUAUAUUCAAAGAUGUUACGUGUGACAUAGUUGUUUAUAAUAAUCGGGAGUUUGAAAACAAAAAAAGUGAUAAACCAAACCAAAAAAAAGGGAAAAAGGACAAUAAAUCAAAAAAGCGAUGA